UUAUCAUCAUCAUCGUCGUCAUCAUUGUUGUCGUCGAGGUACGAUCACGUCGAAUCACCGAAGCGGUGCCCUGGUCAACGUACGUCGACGACGGCGGCGGCGGCGGCAGCGCGGCCAUUAUUCGAAAUUCGGUGGGUCGCGCCACCGAUCGCGGCGUUGCCAGCGUUCCUGUUCUCCGCGGUACGUAGCCGCGAUUAUUUCAACAACGUUCCCCACGACGACGGUGGAGGCGGAGGCGGAGGUGGAGGCAGCGGGGACGCGGACACGGUUCCUGGAAGGAGUCAUCGUCAUCCCUGCGUCACGGCCAAUGCUAGAAGAAGCGCGAGCUCUUAUCUCGUAAGCGCGUGUCACACUUCUCUGUUCUCUCCCAUCGCAGGCGACAGGGAAGUGCAGUGGAAGAGAGUGAGAAGAGAGAAAGCAAGGACGAAGAAAGAAUAGAGAUUAAGCAGCGUGCGUGCGCGUUGUGUUCGCGUUCAUCUCGAAUCCUGAUUUUUCGCGCUCAAACACGCUUUUGUGCCACUCUUGUCUAGCGCCGCGAGAGCGUAGUGGAGCGUAGUGGCGGCGAUAGAGCGCGACGAAAUAUGAGCGCACGAGUGCUGAACCCAACGGCGAUGAUGACGGAAAUAAGCAGGAACCUGAGCGGCGGAGGUGGUGGCGGUGGCGGUGGCGGACGAGCGGCGCCGAGCAGGGCCGCGCUCGCCCGCGUGCGACGCGAUCUCUUCGGCCCGGUGGACCACGCGGCGGCUCAGGCGCUCGCCAAGCGCGAAUUGCGGGCUCAGUCGCAGCUCGAUGCCAAUCGAUGGGGAUUUAACUUCCAAAAGGGUGCACCUCUCAAAUCGAAUUCGCGUUACGAGUGGGAACCGCUCACGGAGCACGACGUCGUGCCUGAGCCUUACGCCCUGCGCGGUAUGCCCUUCCUCAGGAAACACGCGCCUGGGACACCGCGCAAAUUGCGCUUCGACGACGCUUUAACCACCGUAUCGUCCUCGACGUCCAUGACAACCUCAGCAUCGUCGAUGACGACGACAUCGUCAACUGCGGCGACCUCGUUGACAGCGAUCAUGACCACGGUGACGAGCACGAGGAUCAUGGAGCAAAUGGAGACGGUCGUCACGCCGGCGCCGUCGGCCGAGAGGACACCGCCGCAGGAGCCUCGAGUGCCUGAGAUCGGCGAGGCUACGACGCCCAGUCAACUCCUCAAUCCGGAUACCAAGAGGAAGAGAUGCGCGAUAGAGCCGACUACUCCUGUACUACCUUCUGCCGCGAGGAAACAGUCCACUAUCACUGACUAUAUGAAGAGUCGUAAGCGCAGCCUGAACGGUACCACAAAGAGCAUGAUAGAGCCGCCGGAGAAGAUCGCUCGCAACGCGGGUCAGAUACGCAGCUAAAAAUCCUUCAGCUUUCUUAUUCGAAUAGUCGCCUUUUUCCACCUCGUUUGUACACAACGGGAGACAGUAAGAAACGGAAGUGAGAAACUGCAUUACCGUGUGGAAUAACGGGGAAAGAAGAGGGUAGAGACUCUGACAGGAGGCGCGAGGUCCGCGUUGGCUGUGCCAUUCAUAUAGUUUUAUCCGCCAUGAGCGCAGACGAAAUAAAUGAAUAAAAAGAAAAAAAAUAAGAAAAAAUAAAAAACGGGAGUAACGCCGUUUUCCAUCACGUAUAUCUUCGUCUGUCAUAUCGCUUUGUAAUACCGCAAGGAUUAUGAGAAUAGUAACAGCGAUUAAGAAAGGACGUGAGACGAGGGAAAGCAUAAGAUAGAGAGUCACAUAUGAAGGUUGCUUGAUGGGGAAAGAGAGAGAGAGGAAAAGAGAAA